UUCAGUCAGACAUCAGUCUGUCACUGUUCUCCUUUGGUAUAAUUGGCAGAUUAGGUGAUGAGGUACUUGAAAUUUUUAUGCUCGUGAUUUCGAUAUAUUUUAAAGAUUUAUUCCGGUACGGGAACGAACAAAUUGAAAAGUGAUUAGCCCUUCGUAAUAACGAAGGAUCUUCUGAGCAAAUAUGUUUGAAAGUGCGGAUAAUUUUGCUGAUUUUCUCCGUGGUGGGUUACCCUACUACCUGCUAAUCACAUUACCGAUUUUGAUUAUUUGUUCAUCGAAUCCGGUACUGGCGGCUAGCGAAUUCGGUGUCCAGCGGAUGUCUCAGUACGAUGUUCAUGGUGUCCCCUACGGUUGCCGUGGCUCGGCUUUGAAUAUGGAGGCAAAAUCUUUGUAUACAUGGCAAACAUUUAGGCACUGUGUAAUCACCCGCUUCCAAGAUAUGACAAUCGACCAGUUUCGUGAUAUUCGUGCCAAAGCAGGGGGUUUAGUAAUUUUACUACCGGAAGAUGUAACAUCAUUAAGUUUGGAAGAGAGACAGCACAUUCAUCUGUUGGAACAGGCAAUGAUGACGCAGGAGAUCUCGAUUCCGGUUUAUUUUUCCCGUUAUAGUGCAAAGCUCAAUGAGAUUAUAAACGAUGUCACCAAGGCUACCAUUUCGAAUCAGCAGCAGUCUUCCAAGCAGCGUGAGUCCGCCAUCAGCGAAAUUUUGGGGUCGAUUUCAGCCAACGGAUACCAAAUCGCUGUGACUGGAACAAGCCACAGCCCAAAUAAACAGUCAAAAAUACCCAUCAUCCAGGGUGAAUUAACGCCAACCAAACAUACCAGCAAAUCGAUGGAUAGCGAGCAUAAACUUCCGCUAAUCAUUUUGACUGCUCAUCUGGACACGUUUGGUUUGGUGAACGGACCAUUGAAAAAUGCCGACGUUGCUGUGCUGCUCACACUGACUGAACUGUUCAGUAAGCUCCACGCUAGCAUACCAAAGUAUCGACUUAUGUUUCUGAUAUCCGAAUCGGGAAGCUUACUGAACUUUCAAGGCAUGAAGAAGUGGCUCGAUAGUAAUCUAGAAGAAAAUGUACUGGUGCAACAGGCAGAGUUUGUCAUCUGUUUGGACUCGUUAGGCAGGGCCAUAACCAAUGACAACAUAUUUAUGCACGUUUCGAAACCACCGAAGGAAGGUACAUCCAUGAAUAAUUUCUACAAAAUUCUCAAAUCUGUGGCCCAGCGUUACGGAAAUAUCACAGUCGAUGGGGUCCAUAAGAAAAUCAAUCUGGCAGAUACAUUAUUGGCGUGGGAGCACGAGCGCUUCAGUAUGAAACGCAUGCCGGCAUUUACAUUAUCCAAUCUAAAGUCCCAUAAGGAUCCUUUGCGUAACACAAUCUUUGAGGACGAAGAUGAGGAGGAGCAACUGAACAGGCUGGAAACUAAUGUAAAAAUUCUAGCCGAAUCGUUGGCCGCCUACAUCUACAAUCUACCGGGAGACGGUGCCGUCAAUGAUGGUGAAGUGUUUAGCGGUUCGAUGGCCAUAUCGAAAGAUAGCAUUCGGCCAUGGUUGCAUAUACGCUCCAGUCAGCAAAACAAUGAUCUCAAGUAUGCCUUUGAAAAGUACCUAAAAAAUGUGAAACUAGCCUACGAAAAGCCUGACGCUCGGGAGCCCGACUUCAUGCUGUACGACGAUCGGGACGCAGUGCUGAAUAUUUACAACGUGAAACCGGCUGUGUUUGAUUUGUUUUUGACCUUCUUGAUUGUGGCAUACUUGGGAACGAUUUAUCUUGCCAUUUUCCACUUCCCCAAGAUCUACACAUUCAUCUGUCGAAUGACCAGCAAUAAGGUUAAGGGAAAUUGAAAGCUUUUACAUUACUUACAUCAGUGGCUGCUUAUUAUAUUUUAUUUCAUUGGAAACGUCAUCCCUAAUUCUCGAUUCUAGAUGGUGAUAAGGCGUCUAUUAGGGCGCAUCCUACCGAUUAAAAGUAACUAAUGGAGACGGCGAGCGAAAACUAUACGAGAGACACAGAAUUUGAGAUCCUGUAGCAAUAAGUUCAUCAAAACGAAAAGAGAAUAGUUCUUUUUCUUCACUAACAAAACAGCUGUAAUUGGCAAUUAUAUUGACCAGUCACUCAAAUCAGCUGCUAGUCUGCAUUUAUUUCGUUUGGAAAUCCAAAUCCAAUAGGUAGAACUCGUACUAAGCGCUAGACCGUGUUAGAAAGUUAAAAUGUGGUGGACAAUAUACGAUUCGUCUGCUUUAGGUAUAUUUUUUGUUUGUUAUGAUAAGAAAUAGGUUCAGUGUGUAUUAAAUAAACAUGCAAAACAAACAA